GUAUAUCUUUCUUUCCCUUCUGUUUUCGGCUCCACUUUGGUGUGAGAUUUCAGACAUUAAAAAUGGUUGUAGAUGCUUGCAAACUUCUAGAUUCCUUUCUCUUCAUCCUCAUCAAACACCCUCCACACAUAAACCUUAUCAUUAACAAAAUUCUUAAUAUCAACAAACCAAUUCCUUCAUCAUCAUCUUUCUCAAGCAAAGCAUUUUUUCUCCUCAUUAAAACCCAUCCUCUUCUUUCCUCAAAAAAUCAAACAUUGUAAAUUCAUCAAAUCUAAUAAAAACAUUAAUCUCCAUUGUUAUAUUCUCCAUUAAUGGCUUUCAAAGAAGAACUUUCUUCUGCUAACAUGGAAACCCAUCAACAGGAAGAAUCUACAGUUAAACCCCAUAUCCCGAAUUCGAAUUACUCCAAAAGGGUAGUUCUAAAAACUCUGUUAGAUCGCGAAGAUGGUGGAUUGGGAUUGGUAGGACAGAAAAUUGUGAUUGGUGGAUGGGUUAAGACAGCUAAAGAGGUGAGGAAAAACCCACCUUCAUCCCCUGAAUCUGAUAAUGAACCUAAACCCGAAGCGCAAACCGAGCAGAAGGAUGUGACUUGUAGUGAAAUUUUGCAGAAUCGGAUGCCGAUCUUUAGAACAUUCUUGAAGCUUUUUGGGGUUGGACAUUAUCAAGGGCAGAAAGAGAAAGAAUUAACGGCUGGGAUAGUGCAAAGAGUUCAACAACCUGUACUUUCUACUGUGGUUUUGCAAAUUACUGAUGGGUCUUGUAUUGCCAGUCUUCAGGUGUUGGUGGAAUCAACUCUGGCUCCUCCAGGCCAAAUCAUGCUUGGUGGAACGUGCAUUCUGGUGGAAGGUGUGAUACAAAAACCUGAAACAUCCGGAAAGCAUAUCAUUGAGAUUAAAGCAGAAAAAGUUCUACAUCUUGGUGUAGUAAAAGAUCAGGAAAAGUAUCCCUUGUCCAAGAAAAGGCUCCCUUUACACAGUCUAAGAGAUUGGGCGCAUUUUCGUCCUAGGACAACCACCGUUGCAUCGAUCACAAGAAUCCGUCAUGCUUUAACACACGCGACUCACAACUUCUUCCAACAAAACGGCUUUCUAUAUGUUCAAGUUCCGGUAAUUACAACAGCAGAUUCUGAAGGAUGUACUAACAAAUUUCAUGUUACAACACUUGUAAGCAAGCCAACACACGAAUCAUCAAAUGCAUUCGAUGAAGUUAGUGGAGUUAGCCUUGCAUCUGUUAAGAAUGCUCUGAAGGAGAAGACUAAUAAGUUAGACGAGCUAAGAAGAACAGAUAGUAAUAGAGAAGCAUUACUUGCAGCUAUUCAGGAUCUUAAGAAAACAAAUGAGCUUGCUUCACAAUUAGAAGCUAAAGAGAAAAAAGAGAAGGCAAAUUCUAAGACUGACCAAUUAGAUUUUAUGAAUGAUUACUUUUCUUGCCAAGCCUUUUUAACAGUUUCAGGCCGGCUUCAUCUUGAAAGUUAUGCUUGUGCACUUGGUAAUGUUUACUCUUUUGGGCCGCGAUUUAAGGCUCAGACGAUUCACUCUACUAGACAUGUCUCUGAAAUGUGGAUGGUUGAAGCUGAAAUGGCUUUUUCUGAACUAGAGGAAGCCAUGGGUUGUGCUACUGAUCUUUUAAAGCACAUAUGCAAAUGGGUACUAGAAAAUUGUCCUAAUGAUAUGAAAUUCAUCCUAAAACGGGUGGAUCAAAGCAUCGUUCCUCGUCUUCAAACAGUGGUGUCAAGUUACUUCGAGAAGAUUCCUUAUUGCAAAGCCAUUGAUGUACUAAAACAGGCCAAAGAAAACAAGCAUGACUUAAAUAUUGAAUGGGGUGUUCCUCUUACUGAAGAACAUGAAAGAUAUAUGGCUGAUGAAAUCUACAAAAAACCAGUAAUCAUUUAUGAUUAUCCCAAGGAAGUUAAGCCCUUCUAUGUUCGCCAAAAUGAUGAUGGAAAAACAGUUGCUGCAUUCGAUAUUAUUGUUCCAAAGGUAGGAGCAGUGAUCAGAGGAAGUCAGAACGAAGAACGUCUCAAGAUGCUAAGCACCAGAAUCCAAGAAUUAGGUUUGUCAAGUAAGCAGUAUGAGUGGUACUUGGAUCUGCGUAGACAUGGAACAGUCAAACAUGGUGGAUUUAGUCUGACAUUCGACCUUAUUGUCCUUUUGGCUACUGGAAUUUCUGAUGUACGGGAUGUUAUCCCAUUUCCUAGAAGCUAUGGGAAACUUAGUAACUAAUGUACGACUCGUUUUCGAUAGGGUCUGAUAUAUAUCUGAUUUUAUGUACAUGGUUUGUGUAUAAAUGUAUUACUAUUAAGUAAUCUUUACCCUAGUGAUCUUAUAACCUUGCCUGUGACCAUUCAUCAUUCAAGUAUAUAUAGAAGUACAAGAGCAUAGUAAUGUAAAUGAAUGCAUGAAAUAUAACACAACACAAGUUAAUUAACAGAUUCUAUUUCCCUGUACUUAUUGUGGACUAUGUUCUUUAGACUCAUCAAGUCAAGUCUCUUGAAGUACUAUUGUUUGAUCUUUAUGUACGUUGACUAAGAUAUAAGUUUGAUGCUGUCAUGAUUAACAUA